AUGGCAACUGCAAUGCAACAGAUUGCUAGGAAUGCGCCACCAAGCCAAUCUUCAAUCAUUAAACAGAUGCAUGAAUAUCACCCUGAAGAAUUCAAAGGUAAGCUAGAUGAUAAUCCAACCAAGGCCGAGUACUGGUUGGAACAGUUAGAGCGAAUAUUCGGCUGCAUGACUUGUACAUCAGAUGAAAAGUUACAGGGUGCAACUGCACUUUUGAAAGAAGAGGCUCACAGGUGGUGGGCCAGUGUUGUUCAUGAUACUCUUCCAGACAUGUUGACGUGGGAUUUCUUUCUGAAUAAAUUUCGUGAAUGCUAUGUUGGGGAACAGAGGGAUUUGAGGAGUAUUAUCCAGGCUGGGCUAGUUGGAUUGGAGACAUCAGAUUUGACAAAGUUAUCACACGCUGCUCGGACUCUUGAACAACUUAAAGUUACUGAUAAAGUUGAAGAAGGCUCUAUGAAUCAAGAGAAACGACCAGCAGAAUCAUCUCACUCGGCUUCUCGAUUCUCGGGGAAAAGAUUCAGAGACUUUAGAGCCAACCUGAUGGAGUUACCGUUUCGUGAAUUUGACAUUAUUUUGGGAAUGGAUUGUUUGUAUGUUCACCGUGCUCUAGUUGAUUGCGGUAAGAAGAGAAUAAUAUUGUACACACUAGAUGGCCAUGAGGUGAUAGUGGUUGGUGAGAGAUCAGACUACCUUGAUAAUGUGAUUUCUGCUACUACGGCUCGUAAGCUGGUGAGAAAGGGUUGUAAGGCAUAUUUAGCCUAUAUUCUAGAUACACGAGCAGAGGAUCCGAAGUUAACUGAUAUACCAAUAGUGUCAGAAUAUCCUGAUGUGUUUCUCAAGAGUUACCAGUUGAAGGUGAAAGUUGAUGUGUUUAAAAUGACUUUCAGAACUCGUUAUGACCAUUAUGAAUUCAAAGUUAUGCCUUUUGGGUUGACGAAUGCCCCAGCUGCUUUUAUGGAUUUGAUGAAUCGAGUUUUUCAACCAUACCUUGAUCAGAAUGAUCAUGAACAACAUCUGAAGAUUGUCUUACAAGUUUUGAGAAAUAAGCAGUUGUAUGCAAAACUCAGUAAAUGUGAAUUUUGCCUGUCAGAAGUUGCGUUUUUGGGUUUAGGGUUUAGGUUGUGUAUUGAUGCAAGAAGGCAAGGUAGAGCAAAUGUUGUGGCAGACGCACUCAGCAGAAAAUCAAUUGCAGCUUUGAGAGCGAUGAAUGGACGACUGGAAAUGUCAAAUGAUGGAAAUCUAGUGGCAGAACUAAGAGUGAGAUCGACACUGAUUCAGCGAGUUAAAAAUUCUCAAAAGAAUGAUGAUAAAAUGAAGAUUAAGUUCGAUCAGAUCUCUCAAGCUUUGCAGGGGGACAGCGACUGGGAAGGCGCGUGUGCAGAGAAAGAGAGACGACGUCCAAUCAGGGGGCAGAGCUCUCAACCGUCUCCCAUAUGA